AGUCAAUAUUCUUACAGAUACUAACAAUGCAUAGUCAAUUCGCCCUUUUAACGCGGAGCCACCGGCUCGCACCGACCACAACCCCCUGCGCGACACGCUCAAUUGCUUUCGAGCGAAACUUGCAUUAUGUCCGCUCUUCUGCUGAUAAUGUCGAGCCUCAGCCGGUAGCGUCCACCAGCGAGCCGGACGCAAGCGGGCUGCGCCUGCGGCGACGGCUCGUCCGGCCUCGCAAGCCUUCUUCGCAGCCUCAGGAAGCGGGGAAAAAACCAACAACGAGCAAGGUUGACUUGGGUCUCGCUGCCGCCAGCGGCCCGGCGACCAAACAGCGGAAGGCCUCCAAACCAAAGCAGCAAGCAGCGCGUGAGGAGGACGACGAGGAGGCGCUAUUCUUUGCCGACAAGGAGAAAUUUAGCAAGACAAUUCUCGAUGAGACCAAUCCUUUCUACCAGCCCGCGCUUACCGACGAGGACCUGGCGGAGGACCCGCCGGGCCACCGCUCCGGCUACGUCGCGGUCAUCGGCAAGCCCAACGCGGGCAAGUCGACGCUCAUCAACGCGCUCGUGGGCCAGAAGCUGUCCAUCGUCACCUACAAGCCGCAGACCACGCGGCACCGCGUCAUGGGCAUCCUGUCGGAGCGCGACUACCAGAUGAUUCUCUUUGACACCCCCGGCGUCAUCGAGAAGAAGCGCACCAAGCUGGAGGAGCGAAUGAUGGCCGCGGUGGUGCACUCCAUCAAGGAAUCCGAGGCCAUCAUCGCGGUGGUUGACUCGGCUGAUAAGCCGAAGGAGGCGCUCGCUAUGUUCCAGCCCGGCGAGGGAUGGAACGGCCCGCCCAUGGCGGUGCUGCUAAACAAGGCUGACCUGCUAAGCGAGGAGCAGGUGGACGAGCUGAAAUCGUGGUACAAGGAGCACUGCCGUGCGGAGGAGGUGUUUGUGGGCAGCGCGGAGCACAAGGACGGGCUGGGGGCGCUGAGGGCGUGGGCGGUCAGUCGGCUGCCGGAGGGGCCCACGCUCUACUCCAAGUCCAUCGUGUCGGAGCAGCCGGAGCGCUUCUUCGUGGCCGAGUGUGUGCGCGAGCAGGUGUUCCUGCAUUGCGAGCAGGAGGUGCCGUACUGCUCCCAGGUCCUGAUCAAGGAGUUUACGGAGCGGCGCACGGCUAGCGGCCAGAAGGACUUUAUCAGCGCCGAGAUAGUGGUGGAGAAGGAGAGCCAGAAGGGCAUCCUCAUCGGCGCGGGCGGCUCCAUGCUGCGGCGUAUCGGCGGCGCGGCGCGGAAGGAGAUCGAGACCUUCCUGGGGCGUGGCGUGUACCUGGAGCUCAGCGUGCAGGGGCGUGGCGUGUACCUGGAGCUCAGCGUGCAGGUGGACAAGGACUGGCGCGACGACAAGGAGGCGCUGUCCAAGUACGGAUACUUCAACCCCAUGAUCAUCUAGUGGACACGCACGAGUCCAGGGCGCCCUGCACGAAUCUUAUGAUCAUGGCUGUCAAGACAAGUCAAGAUAUGGCAUGUGCGUGUGCAAUUGGAAGGAUGUGUGUUUCCAAUGUCAGUCCAUAGUUCCAUAGUCGCCAGUGGUCGAAGUGGUGUGUGUGGGGGGGGGGGGGGGGCGUGCAUGGUAGGACGCCUCCCGCGUUCGUUGCUAAGUCACCAACGUGCCGCUUGCGCCAAUUUGCCGCUUGCACCAAACUCGGGCAGGGGGUUGAUGUUCGGAUGUCUUCGCAAGUUGCCAAUAUGGCGAAAAUUGUCAUGCAAGAUGGGGGCAACGAAACGUGGAUCCUGCCGGCGAGGCCAUCGCACGCCCGCAGACCCUGUUCCAUGUCAGCGAUCAAAUGGUACAUUCACAGACCCAAUGCAAAAAUCUGUACAUUGGAGCGAAGCUUGGAAGGAGCCAGAUCGAAGCCUUAUGUCGACUGGCGCCCUUGGAAAGCUCGUGAUGGAACAUGGCAAGGGGCAGGAAAGCGUAGUCCCGAUGUGUGUGGCUCCCACCCGUGCCCACAUAAAUGCGUAGCAAGAAGGGACAAGGCAUUGGUGCGUCGUUCGCGCGCUGUUACUGUACCGACGGUAGCUGGCAGGUUGUGUCGAUGUUUUGCUGACGCGCAUUCCUCACGCUCCGGGCGCCCGGCCAAGGCGAUAGCACCACACAGACUCAAUGCGACGCCACACCGCGCGGAUAGCAUAGCCGAUGCGCACCUGCAGGCAGUCGACCGGCGUCCACGGAUGAGCUGUGUAGACGAGCACUAGCGUAAUGCAACGGCGUGCAGCAAAACAAUGGCCGGGCGACAGUGUGACAAGCAGGGGCAAGAACAAGGCGAAGCAAAGCAGAAGAGGGGCCCGAAUGUGUACGACAAUUGGAAAGCUCGUUACCUUGGACGUCCCGGUGACGUGCACAUCCGCCGCAACGGAGACGGAGACGUGCCGCGCAGCCAACUCCUGUUGUUGUGUGUGGUUACAAGGUGGUGAGCACGACGUGCAUUCCUGUCCUUGUAGAAACCGAGGCCCGGGCCGGGGGGCCCUUAUAACGCCUGCAACACU